CUGUGCUUUUUCCUUAAAGGGAGGCGGAGUUAGGAGGUAGUCUCAGGGCCAUAAAUAAGAGGGUCUUAUAUCAGGGAAAUUAGACGUCAGUCAACAUAAGCCUAUACUCAGGGUGAGCGUUAGAGGGCUUUUCUAAGCCAUCUAAGACUGCUGAAAUUGAGGCACCCACAAGAGGAAUUAGAGUUAUUUGGGAGUUGAGAUCCAAAAGCAGGAGCACUGCGGCAGCGGCUUCUCUCGGCAGAGGGACUAGCAGGGCAGCAUGAAGCGUGCACCGGGUGCGUUGCUGCUUGCGGCACUGCUGCUCGCAAGCCAGGCACCGCAGCGGGCCGGGGCGUGCAGCUGCGCCCCUGCCCACCCGCAGCAGCUCAUCUGCGACUCGGCUCUAGUGAUUCGUGCAAAAAUAUCCAGCGAAAAGGUGGUUCCUGCCAGUGAUGAUCCUCUUGAUACCCACAAAAUGAUCCGGUAUGAAAUCAAACAAAUAAAGAUGUUUAAAGGAUUUGAAAAAGUGAAGGAUGUCCAAUAUGUCUAUACUCCUUUUGAUUCAUCACUCUGUGGAGUGAAGCUAGAAGCUAACAACAAAAAACAGUACCUUUUGACAGGACAAAUUUUAAGUGAUGGUAAAGUCCUUAUCCAUUUAUGCAACUACAUUGAACCAUGGGAUGAUUUAUCCUUGUCUCAAAAGAAGAGCCUCAAUCAGAGAUAUCAAAUGGGCUGUGGCUGCAAAAUCACCACCUGCUACAUGGUGCCCUGCUCAAUCAGCACACCGAACGAGUGCCUCUGGACAGACUGGCUCAUAGAAAGAAAGCUGUAUGGGCACCAGGCCAAGCACUAUGCCUGCAUCAAGCGAAGCGAUGGCACCUGCAGCUGGUACCGAGGUGGUCCACCUCCAGAGAAAGAGUUUAUUGAUAUCAGCGAACCUUAAAACAAUCACUUCCUAAAAGCCUCGGCGCCUAAUUCCACCAAGCCCUGCACGCUCACAGCUUCGAACUGCCACUGUCUAAUGUAUCUGUUGCUUAGAAACAAAAACAUAUCGUCCUGCACAGCUCAAGUACAGAGUUUGUGGAACUGGCACUAAGGCAAGAAGAACAAAUCUCCUGGAGGUAGCUACUCUAAAGUUAUGCUCUGUACAGAGAGGCUUACACUGAGAAUGCUCCUCUCUGCUCCUUGCAGCAUAACUUCCUUUUUUUUUUUUCCCUUUUUUACCAGCUUCAACUUARAAGAACAAGAGAAUUGUCAAUUUCAUCCUCUAUUUCAGCUACCCRACAGAUUAAGAGAGCCCCAGGUUGUAUUCCGCAUCUUUCUCAUGAAAAAUGUUUCAUAGAACUAUUUUUUCUGUAUGAAAGUCUUUGAUAUGAAAGAAUUAUUGUACAGUGUAUAUGUAAAGUAUUAUAACAUUGUGCUAUAAAAUGAUUCAAAGAUCCUUUUUUUUCCGUAUCUGUUGAAACAUGCUAAACACUUUUGUGAUUAAAAAAGAUAAAAACACUAUGUUGCUUAUUUUGUAUGCUACUUAGGUCAUAGCUUUGUCUGCAGUCAUAACUUUCAUGAUAAUUAAAACACCUCCUGCACAAUGAAAAGCAUCUCAUCCAAUUCAUGGCUCCCGUGGAGUAGCCUAUAGUCUAGAAUGGCUUAUGCUCUGUGUAGCAUCAGUACAAACAAUGUCACCCUAAAACAGCUGGUAUUCAUAGGAACCAUGUCUCUUCUUCACUGCAGUAGUGGUGCUUAGUUGUAACUCACCAACACAGAUUGGAGACUAGGACAUUCUAUUUCAGGACAUGCUUCAGCUUUAAAAAUUUAAGUAAAAAUGUAUACAAUAGUUAUUAAACAACGUAUAUGGAAAGUGCUUUCUAAAAAAGCUCCCAAAUAUUUGAUCAUAUUGAAUAUGUUAAAUUUACAUUAAUCAUUUUUCACCCAUGAAAGCACAUUGUAUUACACUGCAAUUAAUUUGGUAACUCAUGAACCUACACUAUACCAGAAAAGCAUUGCAUCAYAUUUUGUCUUUCAGUUUCAGUGUCUUACGUUUAUGAAACUUAUUGCAGUUGCAAUGCAAUAUGGAGAUUUUCUUGUUUGCAGUCUACUGCUGGACUGAAAUCCAAACAUGUUUGAAAUAGCAGUU